UGAAGUGCAGUCAAGGUUAGCAAUAGGGAUAUCUGAAAUUCUGAGAUCAUCAAGUCCCUGGCCCUAGACCGGAAGUCAUUUGGUGUCCACCUCAACUUUGACGACAUGGGGUCCCAGCUAUCACUCAUUGAGGCUCAGCACGGCCAGAGUAACCCACAGAGCUGCUGCCGGGACAUGGUGAUCUACUGGCUGCUGGGGAAUAGGGAGGGGCCCACCACCUUUGAGUUCAGUGCUACACUGGCUUGAUUUAAGAAGGCGUGGUGGGAGGGUCUACCUCGCUGACAGGAUCAGGAGGGCUAACUGAUC